AUGGCCCCCGCCCCGCUUUUCCCCGCUCCCCCCGGAGCCACAGGGAAGGCAGCUGCUCUUGGCGGGGUCUCGCCCCUCCCUCCUUCCCGGGGAGCGGACACUGCUAUCAAAUAUCUUCGAGGAAGCGACGAGGAGGGCGCGGCCUGCGGCGGCGGCAGCCCCGCUCCGCUCCGCUCCGCUCCGCGCAGCCGGGCCCCACGCCGCGGACCGACGGGCGGGCGGAGACCCCGGCUCCGCCGCUUGGCUCAGGGGUGCUGCAGCGGGGGCAGCGCGUUGAAGAGCGGGGCUGCGCGGGCGCGGGGCUGCGGGACCGCGGGGCAGCCCCGUCUUGCCCGGAUCCGGCACCGACUUAAAUUAUUGACCAGAAAAUGGCCCAGCGAAGCCCAAUCUUCCCAACUCUUGCCCAUUCUGAAAGCACCCAUGAGCUCCAUUGCUUUCCAUGGAAGCUAUGCAGUGCAAAGGUCUCUUGAAGAAUCUAUUAUUCCAGGUACCCAAAUACGGGUUCGAAACAUACCGCUGCACAGCCAGGCGCUGACAGCGGUCCCGCUGGCAUCUGCGAGCCUGGUGGAUCAGCUGGAAGACAGAAUCCUAAGCCAUGAGAAAACAACGGCGGCUCUUGUGGAACAUGCUUUCCGCAUUAAGGAGGACAUUGUUUCCACCCUGCACAGAAUGCAGAACAAAGGGGGGGGCGACCGGCUGGCUCGACAGCUCUUGGAAGAACAUAUCCGAAACAUAACGGCUAUAGUGAGGCAGCUUAAUCGGGACAUUGAGAUGCUGCAGGAACAGAUACGUGUCAGAGACAAUCUCAGCUAUGGAACAAAUUCUACCCUGAAGAGCCUGGAAAUGAGGCAACUUUCUGGUUUAGGAGAUCUGAGGGGAAGAGUUGCAAGGUGUGAUGCUGGGUUAGCCAGGCUGUCUGCAGAGCAUAAAAUUACAUAUGAAAGACUUCAGAGCCUAAGUAAAGACCAACACACCUCCAAGCUGAUCUUAGAAUCUAAAAUCAAAGAGGCAGAAAUACAGAUUUCUCAUCUUCUGAGCAGAGUAGAGCAAUCAAUAAUGCAACAAGAAGCAAAGCUGAAGGUUGCUUACAAAGAGAGCAACCAACAGCUCCACCUCCUGGAUAUGAAAUUGAAAAAUGCUAUUGAGGAGCUCAGCAGCCAGAUUUUGUCUACACGUAGCUGGUUGGAGCAGGAACAUGAAAGGAUUGAGAAAGAGCUUGUGCAAAAAGUAGACCAACUCUCACUGACUUUUAAGGAAAACACUGAAAUGAAUGAAAGAGCUAUAGAGAUGAAAUUCAACCAAAUGGCUGAGAAAAUUGACAAAAUAGAAGAAAUACAGAAGAUAACUAUAGAAGCACACGAAGCAAAACAGACUGAAGAAAAGAUAAAUAUUCGCAUUGGCAAACUUCAAAACGAGAUUAAUGAAGAUAUAAAAGAAAUGAAAGCUGAAGUUAACGCCGGAUUUGCAGCUAUCUAUGAGAGCAUUGGGUCUCUGCAGCAAGUUCUAGAAGCAAAAAUGAAGCUGGACAAAGAUGAACUACAGAAGCAGAUCCACCAAAUGAAGCAGGAGGUUCCAACAUGGGGAGAGGCUGGACCAUGACUGUAAGAUUUUGUCUGAGGGAUUAACGUUUACCUGGCUAAAGAGGCAGACUAUAAUCCUGUUCCAAAUUAAAUGCAUGUACCAAAUGACAUGCUGCUGUUGCACAGGUCCGUCCGUAUGUUUACUCAAAGAAGUAAAUGCAAGCUCCUCAUAGAUCAAACUUUUAUGGGCUGAGGUGCUGAUUUGCCACUGCACUACUCUAGUUGCUCUCAGGAGAUUAACCACAGUGUAAAACUGGAGUAAUAUAUUGGUGAAGCUGGCACCUAAUUUGCUAAAGGCACUUCAGUGCUCCCUGGUUUCAUAGCCUUGAUCAGGCAGGUACAUACUUUUAUAUGUGUGUGUAUAUAUAUAUAUAAACACCUGCAUACACACUGCUUUAAAACAAACAAGAAUUUGGUAACAUUUGUUGAUUAUCAAGUUUGGCAAGGUUCUCCAUCUUGAUACAAGCUGAAUCAAUGGACAGUUUUAGAGCAACUUUAUCUACUAUUGACCACCUGGGGAGCCAGAAUUGGCACUAAACACACCACUUGUCAAAUCUGAGAUACCAUCAGAAAAUCUUUGUUUAGUUUUGCAAAUAUUCUCCAUGUUUUUUUGUGUGAACUAAGUAGUGUUAUAUAAUGUAUAGACUGAGAUGAUUCAUGAACAAUGUAAGAAAUUUAACUCAUGUGGUCUUAAACAUUGUGACCUUCUAAAAUGAAUAGCCAAGUGGAGCUGAGACAAGGUAAAGAUGUAUAUAGAGUAUUUUAGAACUGGCAUGUGUUCCUGUGACUUGUUUCAUUAUAUUGGUAAAAACUUACAAAGAUUUUAAAACAGAAGAUGAUAAUCUCAUAUAGUCUGGAGAAUGUAAUGUAUAAUGAAAAGCAGUUUAUGAUCUGCUUAGACAUUUUUAUUGAAGUAAAACUGAUUCUUCAAAUUUAACUAGACUUUAAUAAUUAGGUAGAUUUAAAUUGCUAAUUGCAUUAACAGUAUUUUGGAAUAAUAAUGGUGCUUAUUCCCAUUUCCAGCACAAAUUACAUAAUGAAAAUCAGCACCCAUAUGGCACAUUAAUCUAGACAGGAAAAUAAAUAUGUGUUGAUUUUAUAUCUUCAUUCAUGGAUUGAUAUUGCUGCUCAUGUUUGUAAAUCAUGCAGGAUUAAGCUCUCGUGCAGAAUAAAAGACUUUAGCUGGUAUUAUAUUAAUUUAUACUAUUAACAGUAAUUAAUAUACAAAAAUACUAUCAAUUUACACAUGCAUUACUGUCAGUAUAAAUAAAUUAAAAGGAUGUCUCUGCACUGUCUUCAAUGGACCUUUCUUUCCGUCAGAAUUGCAAAACCAUAUUUCUGUUUGGAAAAGCAGUGGCCAAUUUCUCAUCACUUCUGUAAAAGAAGGUUUGUCCCACAGAGUGAUCAUAUUAGAAAAAAACCGAACACAUUAAGCUCAAUAGGAGAGUGUAGUGUGCAAAAGUCAAGAAAACGCACACAUCUCUACAGGAUUAGCACCUGUGUUUAUAUUCACUUCCUAUAUAGUUGAAAGUAAUUAAAUGUAUCAAAGAUACAUGAAGUUUUUGCAGCUCUGGCUUCCAGUGCUCUCUGAUAACAAAACUGCCUCUGUUAUUCCUGUUCUGUAUCAUCCAUGUGCUGUGAAAUAUAUUUGCAAUGGCAGCUAAGUUCACUAAAGGUAGACAAUUAAAUGCUUGCAGAUAUUCCUUAAGAAUUGUGUUUAAAAAUACAUUACUUCUUUAUGUCUGUAAUCUUUAUCCAGUCUUAAAUAUUUAGCCAUGUGCAUUGGAAAAGCUAUCACUGGUGUUUAAAAAAAAAUAAAAACAAACAAACAAAACACAAAGAAAGAAGCAAAAGGACAUGGAAUGAAUACACAAUAUUUUUCUUCUGUAAUUGGAAAUUUGUACCUGAGAGAAUCUGGUAUGAUACGAACAGCAUCCAAGGAAUCGGAGAAACAAUUUAUA